AUAAUCCAGUGCAAGUGCAUAUAAUCCAGUGCAUUAUGCCAUAUAAUGCAGUGCAAUAUAUGGUAGCCAUGGCAGUGAUGCAACAUGCUAUAUACUGAGCACUGGAUUGCUUUGAUCUGCCCACUCACUGGGCAACAAGUGAUAUAUAUAUAUACAGCUUUGGUAAAGGACUAAAACUAUUAAUUUUAACUAUUACAAUUCAAUCAACCCUAUUAUCAUGUGCACUGGCAUACUCACCUGCAAUCUCGUAGUUCCUAUUUUAGCCAAUAGCGAUGAAUAUCAUUUAUUAAAGUAGGUGUUGAAUUGCUCAGUCAAUCCAAUGUGUGCAAAAUUCACAUGUGGUAAAGUUGAGUGGGUGUGAUCAAUCCCCUUGAGAUACUGCAAUCUGAUUGGAGCUGGUGGAGUUGGUGGAAUUCCAACAACAAGUGUGGAUAGGCUUGAUUCCCGACCUCCUUCCGGGCAACGGUAGAGGGUGGUUAAUUUAUGAGACUAUGUUUCUGCACGGUUUCUGUCGCUGAAUCUGUUGACUUGCAUAUGGCUACGCCGCCCCGGAGUAUUACGGCUACUUAAUGGCCCAAGAGCGUAACUACUGACAUACGAGUGCAUAUAGAUGUUGGCAUGGAGAUUGUCCUGGGAACAGCAAGACACCGAGGCAUAAUAAAAUAUCUGUCACCUACUAGUAUUCACUCUCAUUUUGCCUAUACCCAUGCAGCCAAAGAAAGUGGUAUAGAUUAUAGAUGAUUAUUGCAACAUAAUAUGGACGAGGAACCUGGGUAUCCAAAAAGUCCAUUCUUUGGGUACAGAAGAGGUUUCCUGAGAUGGUCUGCCACUGCUCGAUCCAGUCGAGAACAUGCACAUCUCUAAGGUUAACAUGUACAACACUGCUGGUGAGAUAGCCACAUAUUUGUAGUCACUUUAAAGCAUCUCCUCUCCUUUGUACUACUGAUUUUUACUGGUAUGCAAUAAUGUAAUUGAGACAGUGCUGUGAUGGUUGAGGAAGAUGGAAAGUAGCCAAUAACAUUAGAUUUUCCAAUACGUACCAAUAUGUACCAACACGGAUUUUUACUCCAAAUGGUGUUGGGACGACCAAACAUCUUAAUUACGCCAUUAUAGUACAGAGUCAGACAGUUUGAAAGUACUAUAAUUAUACGUAACUUUCAGGUAGACUUGGUCACACAAGGAGUUUGUGAUUAUCAGAUUUUGAGAUUCAUGUAUCAUGUAUUAUGGGUGGAUAUAACCUUCUGUAUGGUAAUCAUUGAAUGUCGAAUACUAAGAAUUAUUGAAUAUUGACUUCUAAGAUUAGUGAAUAUCAAAUACUAAGAACUUAUGAAAUUCUACUUUCAACUCAACCUUUCUCUUACGUACAAAUUGCACGUUCUAAUGUUAUGCUUAGCCAUGAAUAAAAUUAUGAAGGAAUCUAGUGUAUAUAUAAAGAUCAGUAUCAGUACCUAUUUGUCAUUCAAUCUGUAACGUAAAAUUGAAGUGAAAGGUCACAAAUAUGACAACUGUAAAGAAAUUCAGAAAUAAAGACUACAACGAGUUGAUUUUUAUCUGGUUGUUGCUUGCAAACUUACUUUAUACUGGAAUCAGAGAUGCUCUUCAUGUUUUAGACAGGUUUGAUGCACCAUUGGGUGAAGCAAUUGGAAACUUAACUGUCUUCUUCAUAAUGGGGCUGGUCGCUUGUAUUCCUGGAAUAAUUGAAUCAGUUCGUCUGUAUCCUAAGAAAGAGUUGAAUCAGCAAAGAGCUUGGUUGAUUAUGAAAACAUGGAUCCAACUUGUUUGCAUAUCAUUAUGUUAUUUUAUUGGAGAUAAUUUGUACCAAACACUUAGUGUCCAUGGCGAGCCUAUAGGAUGUGGUGAUCGUUGCUUAACUACUAGUCGAAUCGCUUCACUAGCAUGCUUAGGCAUAGCAGCUGUAUCCGUGUACUUAACACCCAGUUUGUUCAAAGAGAUUGAAAGUGCUGCAAAAUUUGAAGAGAAAAAGGAGGAAGAAAGCGAGAGAAACAGUGAUCUGCUGCACAUAUUGCUGAAGCUGUUUGUUGAAGGAGUAAAAGUUGAUAUAAUGUACACAACACUACUUGGAUUUGGUAUGUCGUAUGGGUUUGAUUUUGACACAAAAAAAAUGCAAUAUUGUGAAAACGGGAGCAAAGCAUAUGGCCUGCUAAUCAUUGUUAGUUGCUACUUGAUUGCCAUAGUUAUUGCAUUUAUACAAUAUCGUAGCACUUUAAUAAAAUGUCAAGCCUGCAAUCAUGAAAAAAGAAAAAAAUGGAGAAAGAUAGUUUCUGACAUAUGUACGUGGGACCGAAUGCUUGCUAUCUGCUGUUGCCUUUUUUUCCUUUUUUUUCUUGUCAUGUUCACACUUGCCGACAAUCCCCUACCGUUAGAAUACGAACUUUGCAAUUAUAACUCCUCUUCCCCAGAAUAUCGCCUUACCAAGCAACGUAUCUUUCAAGUGAAAAGUGCUUUGAGUUUCAUAUGCUUUCUAUUGGUAUUAGUACCCGUAUUUGCUCUCUUUUGCAUUAAUUUUAUUAAUUCACUGUUCUACGCUCUAAUAACACAUGUGCGAAUGCAUUAAGUAAAAAUUAGGAAUUAGACACAUUCUACUUUACUGUUUUUAUAGAACCAUUUUUUAACAUCUAAAGAAGGUAUAUACCCAUUUUGAAACAAAUCAAUUGAGUAUUAUUUUGUUAUACAGAAUUCAGUUAGAAAGCAUACAAGUAAAACAAUAGACAGUUGCACUAACACUCUAUUUAACGUCCUGAUUGCUAUGACCUUUGACCUAAUUAUAAUUAACAUGUAACAAUUAUGUAGGAAGUGGUAAGAAUGAUUUCCCCAAAAAUUCCAAGAAGCCAUCCUGCUUACAAAUCAUGUACUACAAUGUGUUGAACUUUUAAAGCUUCAUAUUUCAAAACCGGAAAUGUGUCAAUUCCUAAUUUUUACUUGAUGCAUUCACAUAAUUAUAUAUAUACUCGUCGACUUUUCCUUGUUUACAAUACAUGUGUGAAAACGUGUGUACAUUAUUAUUUUUAUAGCUAUUUAAGAAAAAAGUGCUCUUAUUUUUAUUUUUUCAUGUGUACCAUUUUAUAUUUUUAUUGGUAUGAAAUCUAUGGCCACGCAGAUUCACCUAAUUGUGUACCGGUGUAGAAGCAAUAUGGGGCUUCCCCCGAUUUUGGGGCCCCCCCCAUAGCCCUAUUUCACUAGCGCUUUGAGGACCUUCCAGUAAUAUGGGGCCCUUGGACAAGUGUCCAGCAGAUUGCCAGGAUCCACAGUAACCAUCCAGUGUGAUGCUGGGUAUGUGUCUGCGAUUACAAUGGUGACAUGUGAGGGUACUCUGAUGUGGAGUCCAGACCCUGAGGCUAUUGAGUGUACAUCACUAACCACACCUACUCCCACAACUCUCCCCCCUCCAAUGAACUGCACAGCUUCACUACUCCCACCACGGGAUGGCACCAUCAGUAAUUAUUCAGUACCAGCUAUUCCCGGUACUCAUGUGACUUUCCAGUGUGACAAUGGACUGUUCCCUGGGGGGGUAAUGACUGCCACCUGUCUAGCUACGGGAGAGUGGGACAGGAACACGAGGGAGAUUGUCUGCAGAGCUGCUCUUUGUAAUUGUGCCAGCCUAUCUGCAGCUGUCUCCAUCAGUGUGGUUGUCACGGCAGCUCUAUUUACAAUCAUUGGAUUGUUGAUAGGACUCUUGAUAAUGCAUUUGUUCAUACAUAAGAAGGCAGUGUACUCCCCGUCAGCUAAAGAGCAAGCUAAUGUAGGACCCACUGUACCAGCUGGUCCUGUUUAUGAAGAGGUGUUACCCAAAGAGGAGACUAACCAGGCUUAUGGACCAUUAGUAAUUUCAUCAACAGUUAAUUAAUGUAGAUGUACAUAGCACUAUACAUCCGUUCAUUAUCAACAACCUAGCUAAGAACAAUGUAAACAAUAACAUUGUUCAUUAAAAAGCCACUACAUGUUUUGUAUCAAAAGAAGUAAUUCAAAGAAGCUAUAAUAAUAAUAUGCAGUUCAAUAUAUGUACCUGCAGCCAAUGAAAAUGAUAAUAGCAUGUGGCAUAAAGUUAAAAAAAUUAGGCAGCUGUAUAUAACUAAAAUUAAUAACAGACACUGUUUAGUGUCUAUGCGUACGAUGGGGUUUUAGAAGCCUUAGAAUCGUAAAGGCACU